AUGCCUGCCCCGACCUUCGCUGCAUUAUCCUUGACAGAAUUAAUCGCAAUCCGUGCUCGGGAUCAGCCUACAGAUGUCGCGUUCUACACUGGUAUAGAUGAGCCAGGAAGCCCUCUGAGAUCUCUCACAUAUUCUCAAGUCCAGCGAGGCGUGGACCGCCUUUGCACGUAUUAUGCAGCACUGAAUCUGGUGCCGCCCUCGGCAGCGGAAGGCUCUCGCCCCCAACGAUCGAUCGCUGUUUUCACAUCUACCGCCAUAGAUGAAUCUCUGUUAGAAAUUGCACUUGCUAAGCUCACGUUGGCGCCGCUCCUUCUAUCUGUCAAUAAUUCUGUCCCCGCCGUAGCGCAUCUUUGCAAGCUCACCAAGGCCACUCAUCUCAUUUAUGGGUCCAAAUUCCCAGCAGAAGCCAAAGAAGCCCAGAGAAUUCUGGCUGAGGAGGGAUAUCCGCUGGAGAUCAUUGCGGAACGGCGUUUUCCGCUGUGGGGACCUGGAGGAGUCGAUGAAGCUAACAUAAAGCCUUACCCUGCCGUGUUAACUCCUCAAGAAGAGUACAAACGAACCGCUGUGAUCCUUCAUUCUUCAGGAUCUACCGGCUUCCCCAAACCUGUAUUUAUCACUCACAAGGGUCUGAUCGCGAACUUGCAUGGCUACGUUCCGAGGGUGCCAGGAUUUAGCGCUCUUCCCGUAUACCACGGCUUCGGCCAUUACAGCGUAUUCCGCUGCUGCUAUAAUGCCGUGCCGUUCACGCUGAUUCCACCGCAUCUGCCCUUGACCUCUGCGAACAUCUGCAGGAUAAUCAAGGCUUCUCCCGCGCGUUGCAGACAAUGCUUUGCUGUCCCAUACGUGAUCAAGCUUCUCGGAGAAACCGAAGAAGGAACUCGAGCACUGGCGGAUUUCGAUAUUGUUGUAUUCUCUGGCGCUGCCUUGCCUGAUGAUCUUGGGGAAAGGCUCACGGCUGCCGGUGUGAAUCUCGUCAGCAUAUACGGGACGACAGAGACGGGUUCCCUGCUGCAUUCCAAGAGAGACUACGCAAAUGACAAGUCUUGGAACUGGGUCCGAGCAGAGGGACUGAUCUUAGAUUACCUGAAGAUGGAGGAACGCGGUUCGAACACGUACGAGACCGUUGUCAAGGAGGGCUGGCCUGCCAAGAUCCAAACAAAUCGCCCUGACGGGUCGUAUGCGACGAAAGAUCUUUUUGUCCGACACAAGGAACACCAUAACUGGUACAAGUAUGUGGGACGGUUGGACGAUACUCUCGUGCAGGUGCUGGGCGAGAAAACAAACCCAGUCCCGAUUGAGCUUGCUAUCCGGGGCAAUAGUCCCUAUGUAGAGGAGGCCAUUGUCUUUGGGGAGGGACGGCCGCAAGUUGGGUGUUUGAUCCUGCCGUCUGAGUUCGGCAAGGAAUUGUCGAAGGACCGCGUCGCCUUCUUGGAGAAGAUUUGGCCUGUAAUAGAGGACGCAAACGCGCAGGCGCCGACGCACUCUCGCUUACUUCCUGAGAUGGUGCACAUUCUAGACCAUGGGACACAGAUACCUGUUGCCACGAAGAUGACUAUUCUUAGACCUGCAUGCUACGCGAAGUUCAAGGAUAUCAUAGAUUCGGUCUACGACCGCUUCGAGAAUGGUACUGGGUCGACAAAGCUCGAUCUUUCUAAAGCAGAGCUGCAGGAAUUCAUCUACAAAGCCAUUGUCCAGACGUUUGGCGCAUCGAAAGCCACGAAACUCACCAAGUCCACUGACUUGUUUGCUUUUGGCGUGGAUUCUCUUCAGGCAACAAGAAUUCGCAACAUUUGUCAGAAGGAAUUGGAACUCAAUGGACAUACGCUAGUCCAAAAUGUUGUGUAUGAGAACCCUUCCAUUGAAAAGCUGUCCGAUUACAUUAUGGCUGUACGAGCUGGGGGUGAUGCUGCGAAGUCGGAUGAACAGCAGCAAGCUACGAUGUUGAUUAUGGUGGACAAGUGGAGCUCAAAAUUCGACGUCAAGACGAUGCCUGCAUCGAAUGGAGUUGAGACCGAGGCAGGUCCACAGGCGGUGGUACUUACUGGUGCUACUGGUUCUCUCGGCGCACAUAUUCUCCAGCAACUGGUGUCUCUGCCGAAUGUUACUAAGGUCGUCUGUCUCUCCCGUGCAAAUUCUCACGCAGAAUCACUCGAGCGUCUACGUCAUUCUCUGGACCUACGCAGACUCAGUUUGAUGCAGGAACAGUGGAUUAAAGUGGAGUCAUUCGCUGCCAACAUUAACGAAGAUAAGCUGGGAUUGACUGAAGACGAGUAUGCGAGUAUACUCACUCAAGCGACCACCGUCGUUCAUAAUGCAUGGCCCGUGAAUUUCAAUCUAAGUGUUGACUCCUUCGACGAGCACGUCGGCGGGGCAGUCAACUUGAUAAACCUGUGUCUGCGUUCCACGAAGAGCCCUCUGCCUUCCUUCUAUUUCAGCUCUUCUAUUGCUACCCGAACUGGGUCCCUCGAUCUGGUGUGCACGGAAGAUUUCUCAGCUUCCCCGUCCACCGCCAAUGGUACGGGAUAUGGCAGGAGCAAGUGGAUCGUGGAGAAGGUGUGUGAGCGUGCAGGGAAGCAGACACCUGUGCACGUAGGAGUCCUACGUAUCGGCCAACUUGCUGGAGACACGAAGAGCGGCGUUUGGAAUGAGACCGAAGCGUGGCCCUUGAUGUUCAAAGCGGUAAAGACAACUGGUGCUCUUCCCCGGAUUAGUGAGCGGCCUUCUUGGCUCCCGGUGGAUAUGGCGGCCAGCGGCAUAGUUGAAAUUGUCACGCAACCUCAAUCGCCCAAAGCUGCCGUGUAUCACAUCUUGAACCACAAGCUGACCACUUGGGACACCGUGCUCGCAGGCCUGAAGCAAGCGGGCGUGCGGUUUGACGUUGUAGAUAGUGCCGAAUGGCUGAAUCGUCUUGCCAAAUCGGAUUCCGACGUCCAGACCAACCCGGCAGUGAAGUUGCUGGCGUACUACCGUGAACGGUUUGGCAAGUUGAGCGACCGCCCUCCAAUCCAGUUCAGCAUCGACGGCACGAGCCAGGUUUCCCCAAGCAUAGCGGCGUGUAAACCUGUCUCAGAAGAGCUGAUCGGUAGAUGGGUGCAACAUUGGCGUGAAGUGGGCUUCCUGGAAGUCUAA